ACUGCACGCGUGUGUACCUACCAAGGUUAGUCAUUAACUAUCUCAUUUCAGCCACUUGCGUGCUACCCAAGAGCCGGCUGUGGCCGUGUCGAGGCAUGCUGCUGCCCGGCCCGCACAUCUUACCAUGGAGGACCGCAACCACUGCCCAAAGGAAAGCGCUUUAGCCGGGGUGGACCAGGACCAUGUCACUGUGGUGUUCCAUAAAGUGGCCAGUCAUGGCGACAGCAGCAGCGCCGGUGGUGGCAGCGACGACGACCACGAUGGCCGAUGGCGCGACGGAACUGAGUGGGCAGAAAAGGCUCGUUUACGGGAUGCUGAGGAAGAGGCAGGCAGCGGAACAAAAUCACUGGAGGAGGAGGGCGGCCGGAGGGCAACUCUGUGCCCGCCGGCGUGCUGCGUCACGAAGAAGGCAGCAUCCGUUGACGAGAAUGGAAAGCCAAAGAGAUGUCCCGGUCGGGGUUUGUUCUUCGCCUUCCUGUCCACAGUCUUCUUUUCCAUCAUCUCCCUGUUGGUGAAGACUAUCCAGGGAGUGCACGCCAUAGAGAUCAGUGGCUUUCGCUGCUUCUUCCAGAUGCUCUUCAUCAUGCCGUUACUAAUCUACCACAAGACAGGCUUCCUGGGUCCGCGGGACAAACGUCCAUAUCUCUUCCUGCGGGGUUUCCUUGGCUCCAACGCCAUGAUCUUGCUCUUCUAUGCUGUGCAGCAGAUGCCGCUGGCUGAUGCUACCGUCAUCAUGUUCAGUAAUCCAGUCUUCACCUCAUUGCUGGCUUGGAUAUUCCUGAAGGAGAAGUGUACGCUGUGGGACUGCGCCUUCACCGUCUUUACCCUCACGGGCGUCAUCCUCAUCGCCAGGCCGCCGUUUCUCUUUGGAAAGCAAUUCCAGGGCAUUGAGGGCAACUACGUGAACCACAUCAAGGGGACGAUCGCUGCCUUUGCAGGCGCAAUGGGUGCCGCUUGUACAAUGGUCAUCCUGCGCAAACUCGGAAAGAGCGUCCACUACUACCUCUCCGUGUGGUACUACGCCGUCAUCGGUUUCAUCGAGUGCGUCAUCGCCGUCACCGUCCUCGGCGAAUGGAAGCUCCCCGACUGCGGCCACGACCGCUGGAUGCUGAUGCUGAUCGCCGUCCUGGGCAUCGCCGGCCAGACCUUCCUGACCAAGGCCCUGCAGGUGGAAAAGGCCGGCCCCGUGGCCUUGGUGAGGACCGUGGACGUCGUCCUCGCCUUCUUCUUCCAGUUCAUCUUCCUCGGCCGCGCGCCCACCAUGUUGAGCCUCGGGGGGGCUCUAUGCAUAGUGUUGAGCACCAGCGGCGUGGCCAUAAAGAAGUGGUGCUGCAACUCACGCAGGAGCUGAAAGUGAAUAGUUAAGUAUAGCUGUUUAUUUAUCCUGUUACUCUUUUGAUCGUUUUUUACGCUACAAAAGGUUAAAGAGAAACAUCUAAGAGUAAAAAACACGUCUUAGUGUAACUGACAUGAAGUACUUCAGUGUGCAAAGAAAAACUGCUACCUGUGAUCAUACUUCCUAUUUUAUAUUUGUUCUAAAGUGCAAUAGAGUUAAAUUAUUCAAAUUAAAGCUUAAUAGUGGGAGUGGGCAACCUGUGAGGGCCAAAUAUGUUGCACAAUAGCUUUUGGUCGCAGGCCACCAUGCUGUUAAAAUAACAACUUAAGAACCAAAGAUCAUCCUUCUUGAGCCUGCAUGAAGUUAACCAAAGCCAGCAUUAGGACCAUUCACACUGUGUCCAAAAAGUCUUUAAUCAUUACAAAAUGUCUUAAAAGGAAACUGCACUUUUUCUGGAAUUUUGCCUGUCGUUCAAAAUCCUUAUAAGAGACAAAAAUACAAGAUAUCUUUUUUUGCAUUCCAAUUUGUAAUAAUUGGCUCAUUCUAGGUGGCUUGCAAGCAGCUAAUUGGAGCAGUCCAUUCUACCUCUAAAUCACUUUAAAAUACAUCCAAAAACCGCCAAAAAUACUUCGUAACCUGUAUAAUAAAAUAACCAAGCUGUAGUGACAUGUAUUGUAAGAGCGAACACUGAGGAACUCUUUUUCCAGCGUACUAACACAAUGGCCUUCAGUGUUUCCCAUAAACUGCCAAGAUACCUGUGGUGGUGGGGGCGUGGCUAUGGGCGUGGUCACCAUGGCAUCAUCGAUUAAUUUGCAUAAUUUACUACAAUGAUAUGAUUUUCUCUAAAAAGGCUAAAAAAAUGUAUACUUAAUAAUUAAUAACAGUUUUGUUUUAAACGUCCAUCCAUCCAUCCAUUUUACAAUAUAAUUACAACACUUAUUGUACAUAUUUAUAUACAGAUUUGAACAAUAAGUUAUUCACUGAAAUAUAUUUAUUAAUUGUGGUUCUUACAAAAAAUAUAUCUUAUAAAAUAUAAAAGCAUCAAUGUCUCUUAAAGCUCUGCCCCUUUAAUUAGUGCAUACUAAAUCAUUUAACUUUAGCCUACUACUACAACCAUAUUAUUUACCAGCAACAUAAAGUGAAACAGAGGCAGAGGUGUCCUGCCACAGUCAGUAACAAAUAAACAGAAAACAGUAGUGGUCAAAUAUAAAUAAGACAACAAGAGAAGUAUCCUACACUUCUCUUUUGUAAAGUAAAUCUGAACAGCCUAUGUGGGCAUCUACAUCAACUAUAUGAUUUGCCUGAGAAGCUGGACAGGACAACAACAAAAAAAUAAAAAAAAUAUUUUUUUAUUUGUGGCGGACGUAAUUCUUUUGUGGCGGGCCGCCACAAAUAAAUUAAUGUGUGGGAAACACUGGCCUUGCGACCGCAUUAGUUAAAAGUUAAAGUACCAAUGAUUGUCACACACACACCAGGUGUGGCGAAAUUAUUCUCUGCAUUUGACCCAUCACCCUUGAUCACCCCCUGGGAGGUGAGGGGAGCAGUGGGCAGCAGCGAUGGCCGCGCCCGGGAAUUAUUUUUGGUGAUUUAACCCCCAAUUCCAACCCUCAAUGCUGAGUGCCAAGCAGGGAGGCAAUGGGUGCCAUUUUUAUAGUCUUUGGUAUGACUCGGCCGGGGUUUGAACUCACAACCUACUAGGCCUUAGUCCCAGGCGAGCCUGUGUGUCAUCAACUGAAUGGCUUUUCAGUUUGUAAUGCCCAACACACUGCGAUAGGACACCAAUCUGUACUAACCGAUAAACAUCAACAAUCAUAUUACAGUAUCUGUAAAGUAUUAGUCCACAUUUCAUGUUUUGUUUGUACACAACUAGCUCGACAGCGUUUGCACAUGACGUGCUGUGGGUAUCAUCAGCAAUAUUAUAGUGACUCACUUGAUGGACGGUCGUCCUCUAGCCAGGCGGGUAAGUUGUUUUCUAGUUUAUUUUGGGUGAGCACGCCAUGUACUGUAUGUCCGCAUAGUUGGGCUCCAAAUUCCACAUUUUCAGCGUCAAGUUACGCCGACCUCACUGUCUCGGCUUACAUCCGCUCCAACGUUUCACCCUCUUUUCGCUUCCAUAAGGUGCAGUUCAUUCUCUGUAUACUAAAAAAGAUAAGGUUGUCAAUCCUCAUUUGUCCAAAAAUGGUUGCGUUUGUUUCCCGACGUAGGAACACACAUGUUGUUGCUGGAAUUCAGAAGUGCCUUGCUAUGGGAACGGAAAUAAAUUCCAGUAGUGCUUAAAAUAACCAAAAUACGGUAAAUAUUGUGCAUAUCACAUAUUGCUAUGAAUAUGUCUGUUACUACAUUAUAUAUAUACUUGCAGUGUGUAUACAACAGGUUGAUGGAGGGCUUUGAAGGCUACAACUGUGACUCUCAUUAGUCGUAUUUUGCAAGCUUUUUUAAAAUUAUAUUAGGAACCUUAAAAAAACAAACAUGUGUUCUUGUUAGAGAUGUCCGAUAAUAUCGGGCUGCCGAUAUUAUCGGCCGAUAAAUGCUUUAAAAUGUAAUAUCGGAAAUUAUCGGUAUCGGAUUCAAAAAGUAAAAUGUAUGACUUUUUAAAACGCCGCUGUGUACACGGACGUAGCGAGAAGUACAGAGCGCCAAUAAACCUUAAAGGCACUGCCUUUGCGUGCCGGCCCAAUCACAUAAUAUCUACGGCUUUUCACACACACAAGUGAAUGCAACGCAUACUUGGUCAACAGCCAUACAGGUCACACUGAGGGUGAAGGAAUAAACAACUUUAACACUGUUACAAAUAUGCACCACACUGUGAACCCACACCAAACAAGAAUGACAAACACAUUUCGGGAGAACAUCCGCACCGUAACACAACAUAAACACAACAGAACAAAUACCCAGAACCCCUUGCAGCACUAACCCUUCCGGGAUGCUACAAUAUACACCCCCCGCUACCCCCUAACCCCCACACCUCAACCCCGCCCACCUCAACCUCCUCAUGCUCUCUCAGGGAGAGCAUGUCCCAAAUUCCAAGCUGCUGUUUUGAGGCAUGUUAAAAAAAAAAAUAAUGCACUUUGUGACUUCAAUAAUAAAUAUGGCAGUGCCAUGUUGGCAUUUUUUUCCAUAACUUGAGUUGAUUUAUUUUGGAAAACCUUGUUAAAUUGUUUAAUGCAUCCAGCGGGGCAUCACAACAAAAUUAGGCAUAAUAAUGUGUUAAUUCCACGACUGUAUGUAUUGGUAUCGGUUGAUAUCGGAAUCGGUAAUUAACAGUUGGACAAUAUUGGAUAUCGGCAAAAAAGCCAUUAUCGGACAUCUCUAGUUCUUGUCUCUCAUAGUGAUUGUGAACGAUAGGCAAAAUGCCAAGAAAGAGUGCAGUUCCCUUUUUAAAAUGAUUAUUUGACAUGUCUUAAAUUGAUUACAAAACGUUUUUGUCUGAAGGACAAAGUGUUUAUGUGACGCAGACAACCCCAGCUUACACACCAGCGGUAUUAGCACUUAAAUAUGACACCAAUGUGUCAUUUGACAAAUGCGGAAAAUUUCCCAUGAAUUGUAAAAAAAAAAUAUUUUUGAAUUCAUAUUUUUACCGGAAUGGGAAAAUGUCCCUCUAAAUGUUCCGAAAUUCUGUUUUAAACAGAAGAAUCGUGCCAUAGGGUGGUGGACGCCGCCAAAGGUCCUCAUAUCUUACUAGUGGAAUCAACAGCGCCUCCGCUGGUUGUACCCUGGUAAUGCACUCAAUUAUCCUUCAAUUUAUAAUCAAUAGAAUUGUCAACGCUCAAUCAAUACCCAUCCCUGAUGUCAAUUAUUAGAAUGUUUGUUACAUACAUAGUUCGGAUCAUUUAGAGUAGGAUUCUCUUAGGAAUCACUACAGAAAAUGACUGGAAAAAUGGAUUUAAUCGCAUCCUAAUAUUGUUUUUGUCUCUCUCUGGAAUAUGUCACAACUUAAAUAGCAAUUUUACUGUCAGUUGAUAAUUAAGUGCCUUUAGUGAACUCUUGUGUUUGAGGCAGCUGAGGACAGUAUUGGGACAAAACGACCUAAAACACUGUUCAGUUGUCCCCUGGGUCUUUACUCCCGGCAGAUGGGUGAGUUACAUACGGUACUGUACAUCCUUUCAAUGACUGUCAUGUAAUCCUUGUGUAGGUUCUCUUCAAGUAGUGUACUCUUGAUUAAUUAUGACGGGGUUACUUAUAUUUUCAUCCAGUAUAUAUUUCCACUCUUUUUCAUGCACACACCAUAAUAAAGAUGCUAUGCUGAAAAGAAGUUACUACUGCAAAGUUAGAUGUUUAUUUUGCCUUCUUUUUUUUAUUUUUAAUGCUCCCAAAAAUAUUUAUUAUUAAAUGGUUUGAAAGUAGUGUGUUUUUAUUACUUGGAUUUUUUAAAUUUUUUUUACAUUUCUGAGAAGUAAAGAAAUAUUUUAUUUUAGGGCUUACCAAGUAAUUUUGAGGUAUAUACAUGGUGUAUAUAUGGUAAUUAUUUAUUGUCAUUUAUGACAUGGAUGAAUUCUGUAUAUGGAUUAUAUUUAGUUGAGUAAUAAAAAUGCUUCAGACGUCAUUCAUUUUUGUGUGUGACUAAAUCCAUGGUUUAGUUUGACUGUUCCUUCCAAGAGCCACCUGGCAGUAAAGUUUCCCAAGGCCGCAGGGGAAGCAUGAAGAAAAAGAAAGUAAACCACCAAGUCAGGUUACAGAAUAAUACCGUGGUGUUGUCAUUGAGUAUAUAUUUACAUGUAGUUGGUCUCUGUCAAUACUUUUUUGUGUAGUUUUCUCCCGGAA